AUGUGUGUUGACGAUACAGUUUUGGAGAAGUUUGUUUCAGAGAACGACUCCAGUUUUUCGCUUGGAAAUGUAGAAAUGAAGACGAAAGAGAUAAUUUUGGAACGAUGUCGUAGAGUUUUAGAAAGUGAUAGCUCCUCUGACUUAUAUAUUUGUCUUUCCUGUAUCCGGAUACUGACACGCGAUGAAAUCUCCCGUAAGGAGUUGACAUCUGAUUUCUUUUUAUCUCAACUCCUCAAGUAUGCUUUUCCUUAUGGAGCUGGUUCACAGUGUUGUCGGAUAAACAUAGAGGCACUAAAGUCACUGUCUAACAUUAUAUUCAAGGAAACAUAUGUUAUUAGUCGACUAAAGUUGGUUGUCUUAAUCUGUUGUUACACUUCAGGGAAUUGGGUGUUGUAA